AAAAACAAAUAAUUAAAAUUUAAAAAUAUUACUUAAUAAAGUUAUUUAAAUAGUUUAACAAAAAACUCUUUUUUGCUUUCGAAAUAUUUAUUGAACCAAUUAUUUCAAUGGGAUUAUAGUUGGAAACUUUACCCCGCUAUAUAAAAACCUUUAAAUUUUCUAAAUUUUUCAAAUUAUGUAAUCCAACAAAACAUCUUUAGAUAAAACCCUAAUUAAUAUACUAAAACCGGCUUUAAACGAUCUAAGAUGAUUUGGUUAGUAUUUACGUUUGCCCUUUUUCAUUUAAUCUAUACACCAUAUACAAAAGUGGAGGAAAGCUUUAAUAUCCAAGCUAUGCACGACAUCUUAUACUUGCGGAAUAAUAUUAGUGAAUAUGAUCACAACGAAUUCCCAGGUGUAGUUCCUCGUACGUUUUUGGGACCAUUAUUUAUUUCUAUACUUUCAACUCCUGCAGUUAUCUUAUUUAAUUUUUUAGGAAUUUCGAAAAUUUGGAUGCAGUAUGUAGUUCGAAUCGUAUUGGCUGGUGUAGUGAGUUGUUCAUGGGAAAAUUUACGAAAAAUAAUAGAAAAAAAAUUCGGACCGAUUGUUUCAAUUUGGUACACUUUGAUCACAAUAUCUCAAUUUCAUUUUAUGUUUUAUAUGAGCAGACCUCUUCCAAAUAUAAUGGCAUUACCAUUGGUUCUGAAUGCUAUUAGCCUCUGGUUAACAAAUCAAAUGCAUUUAUUUAUAUGGUUAUCAGGAAUUGCAAUACUGGUAUUUCGCUUUGAAUUAAUAAUAUUCCUUGGUUUAUUUUUGGCGUCCGACUUAACAUUGAAAAAAAUUAGUAUUGAACGAACUUUGAAAAUUGCUGUACCUGCCGCAAUAUGCAUACUAACAUCAACAAUAAUAGUUGACUCUUAUUUUUGGGGAAGUUUCAUUUGGCCAGAAGGAAAAGUUUUGUGGUUCAAUACUGUUCUCAAUAAAAGCUCAGAAUGGGGUACUUCACCAUUUUUUUGGUAUUUUUAUUCAGCCAUACCUCGUUCAAUGGGAUUUUCACUGUUAUUUCUACCAUUGGGUUUCUAUUUAGAAAGACGUUCAAGAGCAAUCGGUGUCGCAGCUUUAACAUUUGUAUUUUUAUAUUCAUUUCUACCUCAUAAAGAAUUAAGAUUCAUAAUAUAUGUAAUACCAGUUUUAAAUAUUUCAGUUGCCUGUGCAUGUCAAAGAAUCUGGAUCAAUAGAGAAAAAUCCCUCUGGCAACAAUUCCUGAUGUUUGGUGCAUGUGGUCAUAUAAUAUUAAAUUUCGCGUUGACUGUUUUCUUGUUAAUAGUUUCUAGCACAAAUUACCCUGGUGGGGCAGCACUAAAUCGUCUCCACAGAUUAGCAAUGAAUGAUCAUAAUUCUUCGGUUCAUAUUUCCAAUUUGGCUGCUCAAACUGGUGUGACGCGCUUUCUUCAAAUGAAUCCGAAUUGGGAGUAUAGCAAAAAAGAAAAUCUAAGUUUUUCUAAUCCCGAAUUGCACUCUUUUCAAUUUUUGCUAGUUGAAGCUAGAAGUAAAUUUUUGCCCGAUUGGUCAAUAAUCACAGAAAAAUACGAAGCUCUAGAGUUUGUAGAUUGUUUUAGUAACAUAGGAAUACAGUACGGUUCUGGAUUUCCUGUGAAAAUUGACACAAAACCGUGUGUCGGUAUAAUGAAACGUAGAAUUCAGGCUAAGAUGAAAAAAAGGAAAAAAAGAGAUAUCGAUACUUUGAGUCCUAUACCAAAUAAGGAUUCCCUUAAAAAAAAGAAACACGAAUCAGAAAGUGUGAAUGAACAAAUAAUACAAGAAGAAAGCAGUCAAGAAAGCAAAGAUGCAUUUGUUCAAAAUGUAACACCAGUUAUAGCUGAGGAUGUUUUACAAAAUGAGAAUAUUUAUGAUAAUAAUAAAGACGAAAUGGAUUCUUUUGGAGCAGGAUCUUCAACAUUUAAUGAAAUUUCUUUGGAAAAUUCUGAUAAUAUAAUUUUCAGUGAAAAGCUCUCAGUAGAUGUGUCUGAAGUGGAUUCUAAAAUUGAGAUGCAUAAAGAAAUUGAAUCAAACAUAUUAGAUGAAUCAGGGGAAACAUAUAAAAUAAAUUCAGAAGGUCUUGCAAUAACUAAAGAUUAUAUUGCUGAAAAUAAUAUAUACUUCGCAAAAGAGGAAAAUGUCGAAUUGGAAGAACAACAAAAAGUAGAAGAUGACAAGGAUAAUGUAUAUCCCGAAGAGCCACAACAUGUUCCAAACGAACUUAAGCAUAUUGAAAAGAAACAGGUGGUUAAAAACAAAUAUCAUAGUCCUUGGAAAUAUGAAUUUUAUAAAAAUAAAAAACAGAAUAAAAUUAAAAGUUCUGAUAUGACCACUCAUAACCCUUCUGAUGAACUUGAAAUUUCUGAAAUACAAAAUUUACAUAAAGAUAUUCAUGAUGAUAACUAUAGUAAGGAAUUUGAAGAAGAGGAUAAUUUUAGUAAAAAUGACAAUGAAGAUAUUGACACAAGGACUUCUAAUGAGGAAUCUAGUAAAACAAAAAUAAGAUACCGUUUCCGUAGACGUCCUAAAAUUUAUAAAGACAUAAAUUUUAUUGAACUUCGAAAUUUGGCUUUAGGUAAAAUUUCAAAAAGCACAAGGGAUAAACUUAAGGAGAUAAUAGAGCAACAUUAUCGAUCCAAAGGCUUAAAAAUUGAGUCAGAUAUGCACGACGAACUAGAGCACUUAGAAAAUGAGCAAACUUCGGAUAUUUCUAAAACCAAAGUCACAGUCAAAGCUAUCAUAAAGCAGGAAAAAAUCAGGGAUAUUAUAGAUAAAUUAUCAGAAAUGAAUCUAAUGCAAUUAUGUGACCUAAAUACAAUUGACACUAAAGCUUGUUUGAAAAAAGCCAUUGAUAUUAUCGAUGAAAAUGAGAUACAUUGAUUUUGACCUGGUGGCCUUUCAUUUUUAUUUAAAAUUAAAAUAUUUUAUAAAUUUAUUUUUUUUGAUAUUGUUUUAUAUUGAAUUUUAAAAAAUUAGCCAAAGGCAGUUAAUAAAUUAUUCGAAAAAUGAAAA